GAGAGGAGGGAGGGAGAGGGGAAGGAAAAGAGGGGAGAGAAAGAGAGGAGGGGGAGGAGUGAGGAGGAGGGAGGAAGAGGAGAGGAGAGAGAGGAGAAGGAGAGGAAGGAAGAGGAGAGGAGAGGAGAGAGAGGAGAGGAG